AUGACGUCCUCCCAUUCUCACCGCGCAUGCGCGGCUCAGGGAGCACACAGCGUGGUGAUCAGCGGUGCAUUGUGUCCCUCAGACACAGCGGAUCACCGAUCACAGAAAGAGCUGAAGAUGUCGGCUCAGUCAUGUGAUCAGCUGUGUCCAAUCACAGCUGAUCACUGAUGAUCAGUGUGCCUUGAUAAUCAGUGUAGCCCCAGCAGCACCACCUGUCAGUGUCCAUCAGUGCCUUUUGUCAGUGCUCAUCAGUGACUCGUGCCAGUGCCCAUCAGUGCCACAUCAAUGCCACAUAUCAGUGCCUACCAGUGCACAUCAAUGCCACAUAUCAGUGCCCAUCUGAGCUGCCUUUCAGUGUCACCCAUCAGUGCCAGUCAGUGCCACCUAUCAGUG